AUGGCAUUGCCAAUAAUUGAGUUCCUGAAGAAAUUGCUAUGCAAUCUGAUGUCGGGCACCGAGUCACUAACUGCCAAUAAUCUUGUCUUGGCGGUUUACCGUCACGUUACUAAUCCUGAAUGUCGGCAAUAUUUGUUGCGCCAGGCCUUUGAAGAAGCUGUUCAUACUGACACUUUUAUUUAUUGUUGUGAUAGUCUAGGCUUAAACCCAGAUGAAAUUUAUAAUAUGUAUCUGACUAUCCCUUCGAUUGAAGAAAAAGAUAAUUUUGUCAUUGAGUUAACCAAAUCGAUAUUUGAUCCUAAAUUUGAAAUUAAAAAUGAUAAAGAUAUUCAAACUUUCCUCCACGAUUUGAUUGGUUAUUAUGUGAUAAUGGAAGGAAUAUUUUUCUAUGCCGGGUUUGCUAUGAUGCUGGCUUUGAAACGAAGUAAUAAAAUGGUCGGCAUUGGUCAACAAUUUGAAUUUAUUAUGCGCGAUGAGAGUUUGCAUUUAGCAGUCGAAUUAGAAAAAAAAUAUGCUUUGGAUGCUUGCCCAGAAGGAGUGAUUGGAAUUAAUGCCGAGCAAUUCAGUAAAUAUGUGGAAUAUGUGGCCGAUCGUCGUUUGGAAAGAAUUGGUGAAGCUGGAACUGGUAAGAGUUUUUUGUUAAAGUAUUUGAUUGGAUUAUUAAGAGAUGAAUACGAAGAAGAAUUGUUUAUUACUUCUUACACGGGACGAACUGCUAUUAAUAUUCACGGUCAAACUUUGCACUCUUUUGCUGGAAUUGGUGCUACUGGAGAACUCGAUUGGCAUGGUAAUUUGUUUGACAAAUUGGAAAUAAUUGCUCGGCAAAUUAAGGGCAGUGAUAAGCCAUUUGGCGGCAUUCAAUUGAUUAUUUGUGUUCGUUUAAAUCAAAUCUAUCGACAAAAUGAUAACCAGCUUAUUACCCUCUUACAAGAUGUACGCGAUAAUCGUUUAUCUUCAGAUAAGGUUAAUCAAAUUAAUUUUCAAGAACUAGCCAAACUUCCUACUUUCUCUAUUACUUAUUGUGCCCGCGAUAAAGAACAAAGAGUCAACACUUUAAACAUUUUAGCCAAAGAUUUGGCACCCGAAAAAUUAGAGUUAAAAAUUGGUGCCCAAGUCAUGCUAACCAUUAACCAGUUUGAAAAAAAGUUAUUUAAUGGCAGUCAGGGCAUAAUUGUUGAAUUUAAAGAGGAAGAUGGCAAAAAAUAUCCCUUAGUCAAAUUUACUG